GGCAACAGCAUCGUGCGUGUGUGUGUGCGGGACCCGUGUCGGAUGCGGUUGUACGCUCUCCGCGAUGCUAUGACCGGUGUGGGUGACCAUCGCGGACCGGUCAACGACAAUAUUGAUCGGCUGCUCCACUGGUCCUUGCCAGCCAGCCAUGCGGAGUUUGGUGUCGGGGUAGCAGGUGUGAUUUCUUCGUCGUUGCCAUCUCGGGUGUGCAAUCGAGAUUUCACGUUGCGUUAUAUGCCAGGCGAUUCCGGUGCUGACUACGUUCUGGGGGGUUCACAGGGUUCAAAGAGCGGAGGGUUGGGGGAGUCGCAGGAGGGAUCGCAGAACUCGUUUCCGUCGUCGCGUUGUGCAUCACAGCGCAGUGACAGAGGGCGCGGUAGACCCCGCAGCGCAGGUCGGUACACACCGACACCUACUCGGCCGCAGACGUGGUGGGACAAUUGGGACGGUGUUGACCAGUGCGGUCCUCGGCCUGAAAUUGACCGUGCUAGUGUUGAGGAGGCGAUGGCAUUGUGGAGUGGACCGACGGCGCCGGAUGUUGUGUUUCUGGAGCCGGUCAAGCUCCUUCAAUUGCUGGCCAUGUUUCAUCUGUAUUGCCCGUGGCACAAGGGCUUGUGCCGUGUGUGUGUGGAGUCCGUCUCCUAUCCAGCGCAGCUCUAUAAGCUGACGUUCGUAUGCGAUAAGAAAUGCAAAUGGACGUGGCACACGACACUCGUGACCACGAACGUCUAUCAGUCGCGACUGCAGCAGCAACUCUUUCAUGCGACGGUCACCACCGGCCUUACGUUCACGCUCCUCGGCAACUUUUGUGUUGGUUUAGGGAUGUGCUCGGUGCACAAACCCACGUUCUACAAGUUUAUGCGCACAAAACCGGGGGAGGCGGAGGGGUGGAAUGCCAAGGUCGUACGACACGACAUUAAAUAUUGCGAGCUUGCCAUUGACACUGUGAUGGGCCGUGGUGAGCCAGUGACAUUGAUGGUCGAUGGUCGAUAUGACUCUGCCAGAGGCGCGCAGCAUUGCACUGUCGCUGCGAUGGAGUACGAGACUCGGCUUAAGGGGUUGAAGAUCCGGUGCGUUGUCUCGGAUGAUUGUGCCGCGCUGGGACCGCAAUUGCGAGCUCUGAACAUCGACUGGCAGAAGGAUUGCCACCACAAAAUAAAAAACAUUCGCAAGCACAUCCACAGUCUGCUGCAACUGAAGGAAGCGAAAAAAGUGAGUAACCCGCACGAGUAUGUGUCAGAGGCGCAGUUUAUGCAGUUCACGAAGAAGCGGCUGCUGGAGGCGUUGGAGCAGCGUUUCGGACUUGGCGUCCUCACACCUGUUGAGGAGCGGAUGAAGAAAUCGGAUUUCGUCGCUGUUGUCAUGCGGAAGAUGUACCCCUAUGGAUCGAGGUUGAACGCUCGAGGGUUGGAGAUUGAUCCUGACGGCCUGACAGAGUAUCAUGCACAUGAGGUUGGGAUGUGGUUCCUCCGCGCUUGUCAGCUGUGCAGGGAGGAGGGUGGAGACGCCAGCAGUCUACACCGUGACAUCAUGUUGGUUGCCGAUCAUUGGGGUGGUGAUCAUUCAGGAUAUGUCGGCGGUAGGGAGGUUAUGUGCGAGAAGGCCGGUGAGCCUGCACGAUUGCCUUUGUAUAGCCGCACGGACACGGUCUACGAGCUCGUUCUGCGUGUUCUCGGGAAACAAUGCAGCACUAACAUCACGCCGUACUACGUCGAGUUUCGGCACACAUCGGCGGUGGAGACUUUUCAAGGCACCAUCAUCAUCUAUGCGAAGAAGUUGGUGCAUUUCGAGAAGUCUUACUGUGCGCGUCUGUCGAUCACAGUGACUCGGUGGAACAGUCACUGCUGGCGCGACCCAGUCGGGUACGUUGCUCGCAUAGCUGAGGGCACUUCCAUACGUCCGAGACCCGACUUUCGUCGACACUACGGUCAGGAGGCGAUCGACUCUUGGCAGGGCAGGUUGACGGCGUCCGUGUUCGGUUCGGCUCGUGUUUCGGACUGGGCUCAAGAGUUCGUGCGUCAGGAGGUUUGUCCUUAUGGAGCCGGGCCAUUUCUGCACGAUCUGUUCGUCAACGGUGGGGGCGACCCAGUGGAAGACGUUGAUGAUGAUGCCUCCGGUUCCGACCAUGAGGCGGUGGGUGAUAACUGUGUUUUCAUCAUCGGUCACGUGGAGGACGAUGUGGUGCCUGCAUGCGAUGAUUGGGUCCCGACAUCGAGCUCGGAAUCUGAGGGUGACGAUAUAGAGUUGUUUAGCGUUUGACUGGUUGAAUGGCUUUAUCGUUGACCUGACAUUGAUCUGCUGAUCCGAAAAUCAUUCCACACGGCGUUGUUCUCACACAUCUCAUGGUGUCUUGUUUGUUAUGCUAUAUUAUUUCCUACUUUUUUUUAUGUUAUAUAUAUAUAUAUAUAUAUAUAUAUAUAUAUAUGAGGACAUUAUUUUGUGUGAUUCUAGUUUGUCUGUCUCUUUGCCUGUUUGUCCUUUCAUUGCUGUUUUUUUCGCCCAUCUUAUUUCUUGUGAUUCACAUGCUUACGCUCUUAGGUAAUAGUUGUUUAACAUUAUAUAGCCGAAACAAUUUUGAGUUACACGUUGAUCCAAUAAUAAAAUGACAUCCAGUUGCAAGAAUAAAUGAAUCAACUCAAGUGGUGAGAGCGAGGAUUAUAAUCGCUCAGAUUCCAUAGCCAAUAGUACAAUGACAUACAAUUGCAAAAACAACAAAAUGAACUUGAAAUG